AUGAAUGAAGAAAAGCUCGAUGAUGGUAAAGAUAAUGUGUCUAGAGAAACCGAUCACUAUCAAUAUAUGAGACGAGCAUUAGAUCUUGCUCAUGAAGCAUACGAAAGUCAUGAAGUACCAGUUGGCUGUGUAUUUGUUCAUAAUAAUGAAAUAAUUGGUUUCGGUCGUAAUAAAACAAACGAGGCACUUAAUGGAACACGCCACGCGGAAUUCGAGGCAAUUGACACGAUCUUAUCUUCCGGCAAGUACACGAGCGAUGUGUUCAAAGAGUGUUCUUUGUAUGUUACCGUGGAACCUUGUGUUAUGUGUGCAUAUGCGUUAAGACAACUGGGCAUUCAACAAGUAUAUUAUGGAUGUGCAAAUGAACGAUUUGGUGGAACUGGAUCUGUGUUUAAUAUUCAUGAAGACCCAAUACUUUUACUUCACCCUCAAUAUCCCUCGAUAGGAGGAUAUUAUAGAGAGGAGGCAAUAAUGUUACUAAGAAAGUUUUACGUACGAGAAAAUGAUAAUGCUCCUGAACCCAAAAGAAAGCAUCAACGAGUCUUAAAAACGACAAUCAAGCCACCAAAGUAA